CUUGUCCUGUUUUUAUUUUCAUGACCUCAGUACUAUUGCCUUUGAACACGGGAGCCCUGAUGCCUGCCAUCGGGCUCGGCACUUGGUCGCCUGACGAUAGAUCUCAAAUUCGCGAAUGCGUCGAAUAUGCUAUCCUGGAAGCCGGUUACAGACACAUCGACACGGCCUACCUGUAUGGAUGCGAAGAUCAGGUUGGACAGGCUGUCAGAAAUGCUAUUGCCACUGGAAAAGUGACCCGUGAGGAAUUGUUCAUCACGACAAAAGUCUGGCCUACAUUCCAUAAACACAUGGAGGAUGGCCUGGAUUUGUCGCUCAAGGCUUCCGGCCUGGAUUAUUUCGACUUGGUGCUGGUUCAUUGGCCAAUUCCCUUUAAGUGCGACAGUGACGAUGGAAAACCCUUCUGGCCAAAGAAUAAGGAUGGCUAUAUUGCGAGGGAUAUGUCUAGCGACCACAUCACGAUGUAUCAACAGUUGGAGAAGUGCUUAGAGAAUGGUAAAGCUAAGGCUAUUGGAGUUUCGAAUUACUCAAUUCCAAAACUUGAAAGCUUGUUGAAAGUAUGCAAAUAUGUUCCAGCAGUCAACCAGUGCGAACUUCAUCCACUACUUCCACGUCGCGAUCUUUGCGAUUUCUGCACUUCCAGAGGUAUAGUCAUGACCUCUUACUUUCCUUUCGGCGGUAACGGAGCUCCAAUUUUGAAGAAUGAGGCUAUUGCAGAAAUCGCUAAAAAGUACUCAGUGAGUUCGAGUACAAUUUUAUUGAGCUACCACGUCAACAUGGGUGUGUCUGUCGUUCCCAAAUCGUUUAAGCCACACAGAAUCAAGUUGAAUGGAAAAAUUGUCUACCUCCAGAAGGAAGACCUAGAGAAGCUCAUGGAGAUUGGCAGAGAAAAGCCUCACAGGUUCAACAAUCUUAAUUUUGAUGUUGAUCUGGAGUUCGGUAAAGAGGAUUGGUAAUACUUUUCAUAAGUAAUGAAAUAGGACCAAUUUUACCCAAGUUUUUGUUGAAGCACAAAAACUUCUGUUUUAAUUUCUUGGCAUCUUCAGCCACAAAGUUUGCCAAGAAAGCAAUAAUAAAGCACAUGGUGUCUACGAUUCUCGAUUAUGUUUUCGCCUCUAAGCUAAUACUGAACAGGUGAGAUGUACCAAAGCAAGAAGUUGGAUUUUGAUAAGCUGUGAAAAUGCUCUAUUCAACCAGCUUUAAAUUAUAUCUCGUUGAUCAAAACGACAUAUUUCAGCCGACUUCCCUCCAUGGUUAAUAAAAGCUAAUUAGGAACGUGGGCUGCCAAGACCUCAGCUCAGCCGAGAACCUCUAAGUAUAAAUU